AAUUUUUCAAAAAAAGGAAAUUAAAAAAUGAGUGACUCUGAAGCUGAAACAAGCUUCAAAGAAGUAGCUGAAACGAGCUUCGAAGAUGUAGAAGUCAAAAUUGAAACGGACAUUAAACCUUCAACGAGCGGUUCGAUAUUGUUUCCCUCCGAAGCCAGAUUUUCCAACAUCAAAAACAAGCACGUCAGGUCUCAGCAGUUUCAAAAAGCCAAAAGGGAACAGAAAAAGGCUAAAAAAGAAGCGAAAAAACAGAAACAAAGAGAAGGAGCACCCAAAAAGACCCCUCAUACUAUCGACAGUCUUAGAAUUAAAGAGGAAACCACUGUAACUAAUUUAGAAGAUGAUGAAAACGAAUUAAUCCGUGACGAUUUGGACAAGGACGAAUUCAGUGAUUAUUAUAAGCAGUCUUAUGAGCCUAAAGUGCUUAUAACUUAUGCUGACAAUCCUAUGAGAAAAACCAGAAUAUUUGGCAGGGAACUAACAAGAAUCAUUCCUAAUUCCAUUUCCCUAUACAGAAAUCGGUCAGGAGUGAAAAAAAUUGUUAAAAGCGCUAUUGAAAAGGAGUAUACAGAUGUUUUAGUUAUCAAUGAAAAUCGUCACGAACCUGACGGCUUACUAGUAAUCCACUUACCAAACGGCCCCACUGCUCAUUUCAAACUGAGCAACGUCCGUAUUACACCAGAAUUGAAAAAGAAUCACAAAGACAUCUCAGCUCACAGGCCUGAAGUUGUUUUAAACAACUUUACCACUCGUUUGGGGUUGACUGUAGGCCGAAUGCUGGGGGCUCUUUUCCAUUACGAGCCUGAAUUUGUCGGUCAAAGGGCGGUUACUUUUCACAAUCAGAGAGAUUUUGUGUUUUUCAGGCAUUACAGGUAUGGGUUUGAUGCAGAUGGAAAAAGGGCCAGGUUGAAGGAAUUGGGGCCCAGAUUCACUUUGAAAUUGAGGUCAAUUCAAAAAGGUACUUUCAAUAGCAAAUACGGACAGUACGAGUGGAUUAAGGAUGGUAGAAGGCAUAAAAUGGAGACUAGCAGGAGGAAGUUUGAUUUGUAGACAUUUCAAUUGUUGUUUGAAUAAACAAAUGUUGAACUA